GCAAUAAACAUUCCAUUAUCUACUGGAAAAACUAUGUCUGAUAAUGUUGCUCACGCUCUUAGUGGUGCCGGAGGUGGUAUCAUUUCUAUGGUCCUGACGUAUCCCUUAAUAACUGUUAGCUCCAGACUCCAAGUUCAGAAGGAUAAUAAAAGCGCUGAUGCAUAUAAGGGUGGAAGAGAUGCGAUCGGGAAGAUCGUAAGAAAGGAAGGAAUUGGUGGGUUAUACUCUGGGUUAAGUUCAGCUAUUUUUGGCAUUGCCGUAUCGAAUGGCGUCUAUUACUAUUUCUAUGAAUGGACCAAGGCAUUUUUCGAGAAAUCAACACCAGGGCAACCAAUAUCAGUCAAGCGGUCUAUGAUAGCUGGUGCAAUCGCAGGUGCAGCUACUGUACUAAUUACCAACCCUAUUUGGGUAGUCAAUACUCGCAUGACAACGCGUAAAGAUUCAUUAAACGAUGAAAGUACUAGUGAAUCCGGUGAAAAUAAGAUGGGAUCGCAUCCUUCUGGCAAGGCGUUAUCCCAGCCUUGGUGCUGUAAACUUGUUGCUACGGGAUCAACUUAUCCUUACAUUGUGAUUAAAUCACGUAUGCAACUUCGUCAAUCAUCAAAGGAAAGUGCCCGUUAUAAAUCGGUGAUGGAUGGACUACGAAAAAUUAUUCGUAGCGAAGGAGUCGGUGGUCUCUACAAAGGAAUCACCUCGAAAUUACUUCAGUCAGUCUUAACUGCAGCAUUCUUGUUUAUGUAUAAGGAGGUUCUGUUUAAGUAUAGCGUGGCAUUCUUAAUGUUGAUCGGGGCUAGGCAACGUAUAACACAAUAG